GCGCACCUCCGAUUUAUUCUCAAGCUCAGUUGAGUUAUCAUCAGUCCGGGUAUUUGUCGAUAUUUUAUGUUCCGUGACUUUGGCGCGAAUAUAAAUAAGCUCGGUGUACGAUUAGAAAGGCAUUUUGAGCACAUGUGUACUGGCUAGAAGAUCAGGUGUUAGUUGGUGUUGCUGGACUUAAUUACACCAAGCAGUGGAAUUGUGUUACAGUGCCCGAAUUUAAGAGACCACGAAAUGGCCACCAAAUUCCUCAUCCUCUCCCUCCUUGUCCAGGUCCAAUCUGAGCUACACCAUGGCGGUAUCCUUUACCCACGUCCUUCCGAAACGCGCCAAGUGGUCUCUUUAGAUGGUCUUUGGAACUUUGUGGUUCCAAAACCCAACAACCCAUUGCAAGGCUUCGAUGAGCAUUGGUACAAAAAACAUCUCAAAGAUUUGGAUACCGAAGUCCACAUAAUGCCGGUACCAAGUAGUUAUAACGACAUUACCACCAAUUGGAAAAUACGGGACCAUGUUGGGUUGGUUUGGUACGAUCGGAGGUUUUUCGUACCAAAGUCUUGGUACCAAAUUGGGAGAGUUUGGCUGAGGUUUGGCUCGGUUUCGUACGCUUCGCAAGUGUGGAUCAAUGGCCAGCUCGUCAUGAGCCACGAAAUCGGCCAUUUGCCCUUCUUAGCCGAAGUUACAAACUUCCUAAAAUACGGCAAAGAGAAUCUGAUUACCGUAGCUUGUGAUAACACGCUCUUAUCAGACACAGUGCCCCAAGGCAAAGUCGAGGAAAUCGAAACUGGGCGUUUAGUACAAAGCUACUCGUUCGAUUUCUUCAACUAUGCUGGAAUCGACCGACCUGUAACCCUUUACACGACACCAAAGAACUACAUUGACGACAUUACAAUCGUCACUGACGUGGACACGGACGUUGGAUACGUCGAUUACAAAAUAAACUACAUCAGCGAGGUGAAUGUAACCUGCAGAGUUACACUUAUCGAUAAAAAAGGCAUAAUUGUGGCAACGAGUGACGAGUAUGGCGAGCCCUACGGGAUCAUGGAAGUCCCAAAGGCCAACUUCUGGUGGCCUUACUUAAUGGACGCAAGUCCGGGGUAUUUGUACACGCUCCAGGUGGAGCUUUUGAGCGAGUACGGCGAUCUGAUCGACAAGUACUCACAACCGAUUGGCAUUCGGUCGAUUUCCUGGACUAAUACCUCACUCAUGAUCAACAACAAACCGGUGUAUUUGCACGGGUUUGGACGCCACGAAGACUCGGAUAUUAGAGGCCGAGGUUUGGACUUGCCCCUAAUUAUCAGGGAUUACAAUUUGAUUAAAUGGGUGGGUGCUAAUGCGUACCGCACUUCGCAUUAUCCAUACGCCGAGGAGAUUAUGGACUUGGCCGAUGAGUUAGGCAUUAUGAUCAUUGAUGAGUGUCCAAGUGUUAACACUGAGCUAUUUUUUGAUUCUUUGCUCGUUAAACAUAAAAAUUCGAUCACGGAGCUGAUCAAAAGGGACAAGAAUCGGCCGAGUGUGAUCAUGUGGUCGGCUGCAAAUGAGCCCAGGACUCAGUUUUUAUUGGCUAAAAAUUACUUCAAGGAGGUGAUUGAUCAUGUUAAAAGUUUGGACGUUACGAGGCCGACGACCAUUGUGGAGGCUCAAGCUGUUAACAGUGUCUAUUCGUCCGAAUUCGUCGAUAUCGUUAGUUUUAACCGCUACAACGGCUGGUACUCAAACGGGGGCAACUUGGACGUAAUCCCCCUGAAUGUGGUGGCCGAAGCCACCGCUUGGCACGAAAAAUUCAACAAACCAGUCAUCAUGCAAGAAUACGGAGGCGACACUCUCGAAGGCCUCCACACUAGCCCCAGUUUUAUCUGGUCGGAGGAGUACCAAGUCGAGCUGAUGUCGCGCCAUUUCCAGGCGUUCGACGAACUGAGGGAAAAAGGGUUUUUCAUUGGGGAGUUUAUCUGGAAUUUUGCAGACUUCAAAACCGCGCAAACGUAUACCAGAGUUGGUGGUAACAAGAAGGGGAUUUUUACGCGGAACCGCCAACCCAAAGCCAGCGCCCAUCACUUGAGGAAGCGGUACUGGGCCCUAGCCCAUGACUUACACAAUGCCACUUUACCCAACGAUCUCUAUAACUACGUAGCGCGACCUGUACAUGAUGAAUUGUGAUGUGUUCCAAUAAAAGUAUUAAAAAAUCGA